AUGUUAACUUCUUUCACUUAUCGUUCUUGUUCAUCUCUAUUAUUUCGUCGUACAGUGCAAUAUCCAUUAUGGAAUAAUAUAAAUAUUCGUACGACAUAUUCAAAUGAAUUUACUAAAAAUGAACUUCUACAACGAUAUAAUGAUAAACAAGCAUCAACUUAUUUUAAUCAAUUUCAUUAUCUUCGUCAUCUUAAAGAGGCACCUUUAACUCCAUUAUCAUUUGGUUUACUUGGUCUUGUUCCUUUUGCUGCUGUUCCUAUAUAUAUGUAUUCAACAGGAAUAUAUUUACCUGAUUUAGCAUUUACUCAAUUGGCAUAUUCAGCUUCAAUUCUUUCAUUUAUAGGUGGUAUUCGAUGGGGAACAUUACUUGAAAAAUCAAAUGAUUGGAAAGAAUAUACUUAUUCAAUUCUUCCAUCAAUUGCUGCUUGGUUAGCAUUACUUGUACCAGGUCGAUGGUCUAUUCUUUGGGCAUUAUCAUCACUUCAAGGUUUUGCUUUUUAUGAUGUAACAAAACCAGGUUAUCCUUUAUGGUUUAAAGGAUUACGAGUACUUUUAACAGCUGUUUCAUCAUUAACAUUAUUUGCAACACUUACACUUAGCUUUGUGUUACCUAAAAAAGAAGCAACAACCAAAAAUACUAAACGAACAAUGUAG